GAGCAGAAGGUUCCCACAGGCAGGCAGAGCCGGCUGCCAUGGCGCUGGUGGGGCCUGUGAUCUGGGACCCUAGACGAGAUGUCUACCUCCUGUUGCUGCUACUGCUGCUGCUGCUGCCGCCCUGGGUGCAGGCUGGGCUGGUUCCUUCAGAGAUCCCAAGUGUCUGUGCCUCAGAUCCAUGUGCUCCAGGGACCAAGUGCCAGGCUACAGGAAGCGGUGGCUACACCUGUGAGCCCUCAGAGCUUGGAGGCUGUGCUACUCAACCAUGCCACCAUGGUGCACUGUGUGUGCCCCAAGGCCCAGAUCCUAACAGCUUCCGUUGCUACUGUGUGCCUGGAUUCCAGGGACCCCACUGUGAACUGGACAUUGAUGAGUGUGCAUCCCGGCCUUGUCACCAUGGGGGUACCUGCCGAAAUCUGGCAGAUCAUUAUGAGUGUCACUGCCCCCUGGGCUAUGCAGGCGUGACGUGUGAGGCCGAGGUGGACGAGUGCUCGUCAGCGCCCUGCCUGCACGGAGGCUCGUGCCUGGACGGUGUGGGCUCCUACCGCUGCGUGUGCGCGCCGGGAUACGCCGGCGCCAGUUGCCAGCUGGACGUGGACGAGUGCCAGAGCCAGCCGUGCGCGCACGGUGGCGUGUGUCACGACCUGGUCAACGGUUUCCGGUGCGACUGCGCGGACACGGGUUACGAAGGCGCGCGCUGUGAGCAGGAGGUGCUGGAGUGCGCCUCUGCGCCCUGCGCGCACAACGCGUCCUGCCUCGACGGCUUCCGGAGCUUCCGCUGCCUCUGCUGGCCAGGCUUCAGUGGAGAGCGGUGCGAAGUGGAUGAGGAUGAGUGUGCAUCGGAUCCCUGUCAAAACGGGGGCCGGUGCUUGCAGCGCUCUGACCCGACUUUGUAUGGGGGUGAUCAGGCCACCUUCCCGGGAGCAUUCAGCUUCAGCCACGCUGCUGGCUUCCUUUGCAGCUGUCCUCCGGGCUUUGCUGGGAAUGACUGCAGCGUGGAUGUAGAUGAGUGUGCCUCAGAGCCAUGCCUCAACGGAGGUAGCUGCCAGGAUCUGCCCAAUGGUUUCCAGUGCUACUGCCAGGAUGGAUACACAGGCCUGACAUGUCAGGAAGAUAUGGACGAAUGCCAGUCAGAACCAUGCCUGCAUGGUGGAACCUGCAGCGACACUGUAGCUGGCUACAUCUGCCAGUGCCCCGAGGCCUGGGGUGGACAUGACUGUUCUGUGCAGCUCACAGGCUGCCAGGGCCACACCUGCCCACUGGUUGCUACCUGCAUCCCCACCUUCAAGUCUGGCCUCCACAGUUAUUUCUGCCGCUGCCCACCUGGGACCUCUGGGCCUUUCUGUGGCCAGAAUACUACCUUCUCGGUUGUGGCUGGGAGUUCAGUGUGGGGAUUGGUGCCAGAUGGUGCCUCCCUGGGUCUGGCACUGAGAUUUCGUACCACGCUGCUUGCUGGAGCCCUAGCUACUCUCAAGGACACUCGGGACAGCUUGGAGUUGGUUCUGGUGGGGGCCAUGCUCCGAGCCACACUCUGGAGUCAUGGCACUGCUAUGCUUGUCCUUACACUGCCAGACCUAGCCUUAAAUGAUGGGCAUUGGCAUCAGGUGGAGGUAGCACUCCACCUGGGAACCCUGGAGCUGCGGCUCUGGCACGAGGGCUGCCCUGGCCAGCUCUGUGUGGCCUCUGGUCCUGUGGCUACAGGUCCUACAGUCUCGGUGGCCUCUGGGCCUCCUGGGCCCUACUCCAUCCAUCUGGGUGGCAGGGCCUUUGCAGGCUGCUUCCAGGAUGUGAGUGUGGAAGGACACCUUCUGCUGCCUGAGGAGCUCAACGGAAAUGUGCUCCUGGGUUGUGAGCGUAGGGAACCUUGCCAGCCUCUGCCUUGUGCCCAUGGAGGGGCCUGCGUGGACCUGUGGACUCAUUUCCGCUGCGACUGCCCGAGACCCUACCAUGGGUCCACGUGCACUGAUGAGGUUCCUGCCGCCACCUUUGGCUUGGGCGGCACCAUGAGCUCAGCCUCCUUCCUGCUCCACCAGCUGCUAAGCCCAAACCUCACUGUGUCGUUUUUCCUCCGUACCCGUGAGCCUGCCGGCCUGCUGCUCCAGUUUGCCAACGAUUCAGUUGCUAGCCUAACUGUGUCCCUGAGUGACGGCCAGAUCCGGGCUGAGGUGCUGGGUCAUCCUGCUGUGAUCCUCCCUGGGCGUUGGGAUGAUGGACUCCCCCAUUUGGUGAUGCUCAACUUUGGGCCUGACCAGCUACAGGACCUGGGCCAGCGGCUGUAUGUGGGUGGGAGGUUCUACCCUGAUGACACGCAGCGCUGGGGUGGGCCCUUCCGAGGCUGUCUCCAGGACCUACAGCUCAACGGCAUCCACCUCCCCUUCUUCUCUUCCCCGACGGAGAACUCAAGUUGGCCCAGUGAACUGGAAGCUGGUCAGUCCUCCAACCUCACCCAGGGCUGUGUCUCUGAGGACACAUGCAAUCCCAGUCCCUGUCUCAAUGGUGGAGCGUGCCACGUCACUUGGAAUGAUUUCUACUGCUCCUGCUCCGACAACUUCACAGGGCCCACCUGUGCCCAGCAGCGAUGGUGCCCCAGGCAGCCGUGCCUGCCGCCUGCCACCUGCGAGGAGGUUCCAGAUGGCUUUGUGUGUGUGGCCGAGGCUACGUUCCGCGAGGGCCCUCCCGCUGUGUUCACAGGACACAACGUGUCCUCUUCCCACGCUCUCAGCGGGCUCACCCUGGCUUUCCGCACGCGCGACCUCGAGGCUGAGCUGCUGAGCGCGGCCUCCGCCGCGGGUGCCCACUCCAACAUCUGGCUGGCGGUGCGCAACGGCUCGCUGGCUGUGGACGUGGCGGGCUCCGUGCUGCCCGCGCCCGGGCCGCGCGUGGCCGACGGCGCCUGGCAUCGCGUGCGCCUAGCUCGGGAGUUCCCAGAGGCCGCUGCCUCGCGCUGGCUGCUGUGGCUGGACGGCGCGGCGACGCCCGUGGCUUUGCACGGCUUGGGCGGCGACCUGGGCUUCCUGCAGGGUCCGGGUGCUGUGCCUCUGCUACUGGCCGAGAACUUCACGGGCUGCCUGGGCCGCGUGGCUCUCGGCGGCCUCCCGUUACCCUUGGCGCCACCGCGGUCCGGCGCGACGUCUGGGGCGCGCGAGCACUUCGUGGCCUGGCCACGGUCUCCGGCCGUGAGCCUCGGCUGCCGCGGCGGGCCCGUAUGCACGCCCUCGCCCUGCCUGCACGGCGGCGCCUGCCGCGACCUCUUCGAUGUCUUCGCUUGCUCCUGCGGCCCGGCCUGGGAAGGACCCCGCUGCGAGGUCCGCGCUGACCCAUGUCGCUCUUCGCCCUGUGUCCGGGGCCAAUGCCAUGCGCGCCCGGACGGCCGCUUCGAGUGUCGCUGCCCUCUGGGCUUCUCUGGCCCGCGCUGCAGGUUGCCUAUCCUGCCUCAGGGAUGUAGCUUCAACUCCACCUGCAAGGAGGGCACCUCUUGUGAGGGUGGCCCCUUAGGCACCAACUGCAGUUGCCAGGAGGGCCUCGCUGGACUCAGAUGUCAGAGUCUCGACCAACCCUGUGAAGCCAGCCCUUGCUUGAAUGGGGGCACCUGCCGGGUGGCCAGUGGCAUAUUUGAAUGUACUUGCAGUGCAGGAUUCUCUGGCCAGUUCUGUGAAGUGGUGAAAAGCCUACCUCUGCCUCUGCCAUUCCCACUGCUGGAGGUAGCAGUGCCCGCAGCCUGUGCCUGCCUCCUCCUUCUCCUCCUGGGCCUUCUCUCAGGAAUCCUGGCUGCCAGAAAGCGUCGCCAGUCUGAGGGCACUUACAGCCCAAGUCAGCAGGAGGUGGCUGGGGCCCGGCUGGAGAUGGACAGUGUCCUCAAGGUGCCACCAGAAGAGAGACUUAUCUAGGCUUGCCUGGCUGCUGGUGCCAUGUCCUGAAGGUCCUAAAGGGUCACCAUAGGACUUCUACCUGGAGACCCAAGGAGACUGUUUCCAGAGCUGGGACAUCCACAGGAUGUGCCCCCAUGGUUGGCAGUCCUUGCUCUUGUCCAUCAUGGACUCAGGAAAUGGGGAACAACUCAGGGAGGCUUUGAGAGUCUGCACUUCUCUGACCUGCUGGGUUGUAUACAGGUCACAUGUGGGUGCCAUGGUAUGACAGGGUGUGUUCGUGUUUGUGUGUGUGUGCGCAUCUGUCUGUUGAGGAAGAGGAGGAGAGAGGAGAGGGAGACUGAGAAUGUACUGGGGAUGUGUUGGUCUGCGGAUUGUAAUGUGUUAUGACUGUGGUAAGGGCUUCAUGUCUGGGGACAACCCACAUGGAUACCUCUGAGACAGGGGCAGCCCAAGGCUGCACAUUCUCUAGCAUUGAACAGGCCAGAGCUUACUCAAGCACCUACACUUUGGUCUUGACAUCUUGUUCAGCCUCCAAGGACAGCCCUUAUUCUGGAGAAGCUGGGAAAUGGAAGAAUUUCCUUGGUUUCCAGAACAAAAGCCCUUUUAGGCAGAUCUGACUGACAGAGUCAUGGCCAUGUCUGUUGGGCAGGUCUGCAGGAACCAAGGAGCAGCUGCCCCGGGCUGUCCUGCCUGCUGUGGGCAUUUGCCGGAGUGGAGCAACCUGUCUGCCUACCUCAUACGGCUAUUCUGAGGAUCCGAGAGACAAAUAGGCAAAAAACCUCCAGUCUGAUGGAAAGAACUGGCUGCCCUUUUGGGUGUUGGAAAGUGUCUCGCCUGCUUAGAGUUGAAGGGGCUUCUUGGGACCCUGGCAAGGAGGUCAAAGGGGUAGAAGAAUGGAGGUGCCAUUCUCCUGUCCCUGGCCUCUGUAAACCCACCAUCUUGUGGUUCUCUGGCACAGGCUGCCCCUUUGCCUGCAGUUCCGUUGCCAAGGAAGGCCUCAGUUGUGUGCCAAACUACAGCACCCAGCAGAUGGACAUCAGACAGCCUCUGCAUUGGCUCACGGGUUGCAGAAGUCGAUUACGUCCUGUGGCUACUCAGUGCACUUGACUUCUGACACCCCCUUCCCCAGGGCAUUGGCCUGCAGCUCUAGCCUCCCAUGAACUUCCCAGAGCCCUUUGACUUGGAGAUGUGUCCUUUGUCAUCCUUGUUUACCUCCUUACUGGAGUUUCUAUGUGCAAAUGCCAGGCGACUUUCAUACAAGGAAGCUGGGUGUUUCGGCUGCCUCUGCCUUGGAAGGCACAGACUUGGGGGAACCAGGGGCUCGGUAGAACCUUUGAUAUGAGACCCUGGAUGCUAAGCUAGGAGGCCCACUUGGCUCUUACCCUGUAGUGGUGGAGCCACUUUGCCCCCAGCUGUCUCCAUGUCCCUUGGGAGGGGGGAGAGGAAACAGGUCCUUGGAUGAACUGUUGCAGUUGCCAGCUCCUAAAGUGUUUUCUGUGGAAUGCCAACGUAACGAAACAUCCCAGUUCCACCACAGUGUCACCAAUGUGGCCUGCACAAGUACUCACUUGGGGUAGAUGCUGUUCUUGCCUAGAUAUGGGGGAGGGGUGGAACUUGUUUCUUCAUGUAGUCCUGCCCAUUCAUAAUUUCCUCGCUGGGAGGGACAGUGUUAAGUGGCUUAGGGCCUCAAGCGUGCAUAGGCGGGAGUACAGUGGCCUCUGCUUCUGCAGGAUGGCUGGUGGAGAUGGCUAAGUGCCUGCUCAGGCUUCCCAUCCCCCAAAGCUCCUUGAAGGACUCAGGACUACAGUCCCCUCCCCAGUUUUAUUGACCACAAAUAGAGUUCACUGUUGGGAUUGCAAAUUCUACCCAGUGAAAUGGACAGAUGACAACAGACAUGUGCACCGGCCCCCAGUGGACCACAGGUGUGUGCAUUCCCAGGCUGCCCGACAUCUUGUCACCCUAUUGGCCCACUGGGCUGGGGCACUGCCUCAUCUUGGGUGGAGCCCAGAAUCUGCUGGGAUGGAAGAAGUGGAACUGAGAGGCCUGUCCUGGAACACCAGAAUGCCAGGAGGCUUCCCAUGACCCAGGUAAGACUCUGCUCCCCAGCAGCUGAACGCACCCCCAAGACAGAGCCCUGGGGAGGGCGCAUCUCUGGCCUAGGCCUCAGGGACCCAUAAACAACCUCUCAGACACAGAGAGGGUCCCUAAAGUGACAGGGACCUCCGAUGACCCCACCUCCCCAGAAACCCUGGGGUAGGCUGUCUGACCAUUUACACA